CUCUCUCUGCAGAGGCAGCGGGAGUUCAGUUCAGUUCCGCCGAGAGCCCGGGGCGCUCGCAGCGCUCUCUGCUCCGCCUCUUCUUCUGUCGCCACCGAGCUGAGAGACUACGGCGGCUUGUUCACACUCGGCGAGAGGGUGUUUUGGGGCCGCGUUUUGAACCGCGGGGCGGGCUACGGGUGACAAGGAUGCCGACGACGUGACGGCCCUGAUGCGCUCGGCGCCCGUGACGAGACGCGUGGUCGCGUGUCGCGUGUGAACGCACGCCUUUCCCGUGAGAGGACGACGAGCACAGCGGGAAGAUGGCGGAGCGCGGGGUGGCAGGCCGUCAGCUGCCUCUCGCCCUGGUGGGCCAGGCCCAGAUCCAUGGCCCGGGCCUGGUCGCGGGGCCCAAGCCCGUGCCCAUGAAGUUAUUCGCCACCUGGGAAGUGGACCGCACACCUCCGAACUGCAUUCCCAGGUUGUGCUCGCUCACGCUGUCCAGGCUGGUGCUGCUCAAGCCCAUGGGGCCCGACCUGACGUCCGUCAGCAUCGCGGUCAAGAUGCAGGGCUUGAAGCGAACGCUGCGCUCCAACGAGCUGGUGCUGCCCGCGCGUGGGCUGCUGGACACGGAGCUGCAGCUGCACUUCUCGCUGCAGUACCCGCACCUGCUGAAGCGCGGCGGCAACCAGCUGCACGUGAGCCUGCAGCGCCGCAAGCGCUACAAGAACCGCACCAUCCUCGGCUACAAGACCCUGGCCGAGGGGGUGGUCAACAUGUCACAGGUGCUUCAACGGCAGUUGGAUUUGGAGCUCGAAUUGUGUGGUGACGUCAAGGAGCCAAAAAGUCAUGGCAAUGUGGUUGCUCGAGUCUCCGUCCAGGGAUUGAAUUCACAGCCCGUUGACCAUGAGGAUACCGCAAAAUUGAACCCCCAUGACGUCUCUGAUCGAGUUGGAGAUUACUCAGAUGAAGAUGAAGAAUUUAGCUCGAAUGAAGAUGGAGUAGAGGAAGCUGAAGGCUCCGAUUCAGAACCAAUGCUAGAAGAAAAUGUUGGAAGAAGAGCAUUGCAAAGGCAGAGGCAAAGGCAGGCAGCCAGAGCUGGUGCCAUUCCUACAAAUGCUAGGCAACGUAAUUUGAAGCAAAAGUUUAUCGCCCUCCUGAAACGGUUCCGAGCAACGGAGGAUCUUCAAGGAUUGGAUCAUGAUCAAGAGGAGCUAGCAAUGUCCCACAAGUUAACAGCUGGUGGGAUGGACGCUACUGAAUUUGAGGACCUCAUGGAGGAACUUGGAGAACUAUCAGGCUCUGACUCUGGACCAGAGGUGGACACCCUGAGCAUGUCUUCCACUCCAAAACCAUCAUUACGUCCGUUUUUCUCAAGCAGCCGAUCCCUCGUCCAUGAUACUCUAAACGUCCCAGGAGCAGGCUCAGGCGCCGCUGCAGUAGAACGUCAGCCCAAACAGGUUGUACCAACAGGAAGCUCUACAACGUCGGGUGUCCAGGGCCCUUCUGCUGUGCCAGUGGUUGCGGUGGCCACUACGCUUAUGCCUACCUCAGUUUUAGGCCAAGGCCCAGAUAAAACUGGAGAUCGCUUGAGUGAUGAGAGUUCUAAAAAGGCAGACUCUGACUCUCAUCCUGAAAACUGGACUGAUCACGAAGCAAGCGACCCACCUGCAUCAUCGCCUCCAAAACAGGAUGGAGAGCGUGACAGAGAUCGUAAAAGCAAGUUAUUUACAAGGGAUCGCAACUCCAACGCACCUAAGGCUAAAAAACAACUUAGUGUUGUAAGUUUUGGGGAACAACAAUCAAGGACAAGUAAUGGUGCUCACAGUGGGGAAACAACUCCUAGUGAGCCUCGUAAAAUAGUGUUAGAGCAGUUAUCAAAAGUUUUGCCAGCUGAUGACAUUCCUCCAGAUCAUCUGAUUCUUGUCAAUGUGUCAGAUAUUGGUGGCAUGGCUAUUGCCAAUCGCCUAUCAGAUUGGCAAAAUAAGGUUGUUGCUACAGCUGGAAUGGGAGACGUGAGAGCUGCUGUUAACUGUCUCAUUGGUAAAAUUCAGAAAUUCUGUAACUCAAGUGCCAAAGCUCCAACACCCAUGAGAGUUUUGUUAAUUGGAGGAGACCCUUUUGUGCACUCUGUUUUAAGGUGUUAUGUAGAACAACUUUCCAUUAAGCCGCCAGAUUGGCAAAAUUAUCUACGAUUUCUUUUUGUACCUCUGGGUGGUAGCUGGCUUGGUCGGUAUUUGUGUUCUCUAGAUGCAAACUAUGCAUUAGCAUUUGGGGGUGAUGCAUGGCGAGAGGUUGUGGAAAGGGCAGAGAGAGGUGAAUUAUGUAAAGCGGAUUGGCAAGAGGUGGUGGGACGCAUUUGUCGCUACUUACACAACACCUCAGGAGCCUUAUUGCAUCUCCCAGUGGCUGAGGCAAUGCUGACCUAUAAGGAAAAAAGUUCUGAUGAAGAAUCUUCUCAAAUAUUCAUUCCUUUCAUGAAUGAGGUACGACUUGGCUCUCAAGAAUCAGCUUUAUCUGCAUCUGUUGACCUUGAGGAAAAUGCUUCUUCUGUGAUAUCUGGCUCUCCACCGUCACAUUCUCAAAUUGGACUAGUUGGAUCCCCGGCAGGUCCUGUAAACCAACAGAUUUCUGUUUUACCAAGCGAUAGGAAAGGGGAACGUAUAACACCUCCUUCCUCUCCUAAUAUUAACACUGUAUACGUAGGACCUACUCGUGAUAGUCCACAAUCUGAACCAAUGGAGUUGCAGUUAGAUUAUUGGCUGUGUAGACCUGCUGACACACCCCAGGGAUCAGCUGGCAAAGCAGCCAAGCCUGAUUCUGCUAAGUCAACCUUAAAAAUGGCAUUUCGUUCAUUACAAGUUGCCAGGGCUCCGCCCACUGGCGAAUUCCCUCCUUCUUUUACUCCCCAACAAAUUCAGCUGCAGCAACAGUGGCUUCAGCAACAGUAUUUGUUUUUGAGUUAUUGCACCAAAGAAAAGAAGCAGAAAAUAAUGCGCUUAGGAAAGAAGAAAGAAAAAGAGCGAGAAAGCGAAACUGGUAAAAGCCAAUCAGUUGAUGGUGUCUCAAGACUUAUUUGCUCUCCCAAAAUUCACAACAUUCCACUAAGAGUGAGCAUCGAUGGAACAGAAUGGUCAGGUGUUAAGUUUUUCCAACUGUCUGCACAAUGGCCAACACACAUCAAGCACUUCCCUGUGACACUUUUGGGAUCAGCAUCAUCUCCAAUUGAAGUUUGCUAGCUGUGCCAAUGAAAAUUACUAAAAUUUUAUUUUAUUGUUUCUUUUUCUUUUAAGAUUGUACUGUUUACAAUUGCUGAUAUUAUUUUAUAAUAUUUUACUUUUUGUUCUAAGCUACAUUACUCUUGACAGGCACAAGCCUGAUCUCCUAGUCACCCCCAUUCAUAUCACCAAUAGUGUAUGUUCUUUAUUGUAUUAAAAUUGAAAUAUUUUAUCAUUACAUUUAGUAAUUCUAUAGAAACAUAUUGAAUAUGUCAUGGAUUAAGUACUUUGUGUUUAGUAUACUUUCUAGGACUUAGCACUUAAUUGUGCGUUUUCUGUUGGCUGUGUAUUGCUUAGGAAUGUCCUAGGUAUGUGUUUGUUGGAGGUCUGAUUUGUAAGAUUAUUUCAUAUUUAUAAUGUUUUUAUUUAUUAACUGAAAUUUAGACUGCAAAAUGGACCUGAACCGUAGUUCUGUUUUAUUACUAGAUAACUGGAUAUUAUGCAAAAAAGUUAAUUCCAAGCAGGAAAGGGAAAGAGAAACAAAGGGUGAAUCAUAUUAUAUUUCUAGUGAAAAAAAAAAAAGUCUUCUUGUCUGUUUCCAUGAUUUUUUUUUUGUUCUCCUUCUGAAUCGCUCUGAAGUUACAAAGCCACUGAAUACUCAAUUACAACUUUUCAAAUAGUGUGUUGAAAGCCAUAUUAUAGUAGUGAUACAUUAUCCUUAGAGCUAAGUCACUCAAAGAAAUGCUUGUGAAUGAAUGGAUUAUUGGAUGACUAUGGUUACAACAGUUGUCCAGAAUUUGAACUUUUUCUUGCCCUUUGUUGACUGCUCAUUUUAAUUUUAUACCUAGAUGGUGAAGCGCACAGUCCUAGUCAUAUCAUGUCCUGGCAAUAAUACUUGCUGUUGACUGAUCAUGUGCAGCUUUGUAAUACUUUGGCAUUGGAAUUUUUGUUUAGUUAAAUACUGCACUUACAGUACUUACCCUACCUAAUAGAAACAAUAGCAUUUAUGUUAUGUCCUGUCCCUUUUUACCAAAGAUAAUUUGAAUAAAAGCAGAGAGUGCAGGUGCUACACUGUGAAUUUGUGCUCAAAUCAGUUAAUUUCAGUUUUGUUUUUUUUUAAACACCUGUUGAAUUUUGGAUUUUAUAGAAGCAGGUUUUCUAAAGAGAAAUUGUGACAAUACAGAAUGAGUUCAUUCUAAUGGUAGUUGAGAUUUUAACGCAUGCUUUUAGUUACCAGUAGAUGCAUUUAGGGCUUAAAAUGAGAUUACUUACAAUUUAUUAUUGUUCACAUUGAAUACAGAAUAGAAUGAAUUCAUAUGCUCUUUAGGCUUGCUAUGGAAAGGCUGUGCUGGUUAUGCUUUCAUGAAUCGGGCUGACAUCUUGAAAGAAUCAAACCACACAUGGAAAGAAACCCUCUUUGAUUAGCCGUUAAGUGUUGAAUAAUAGACAAUAAACCAGAGAACAAGUUGGCUUAAACAUUUCAAUUCUUUUUCUCAGUGACCCUCUGGCUUGCGAUCCUGAAGUAUUUCUUAUCUCAUUCAGCGCUUCCUUUAUCUUGAGAAAAACUAAUGUUUCACCUUUCUGCAGCUUUCUUCAUUAAUUAUUUCUUUGUACAAUGAACUGCAAUGCUGCAAUGUUAACCAAAACUUUAGUCUGUAAGUGCUUCUAGUCGAGUAUGAACUCAUCAAAAGAACUACUGUCAAUCUUUUGAAGAAUGUUUCCAGGAGACCGAUUUUGAGUCGUAGCUCAAUGCCUUAGUCAUGAUCAUUUAAGCAAGGUGUAUGCAUCUUUCCAUAACUAAUGGGCCUUAGAAAACUGUGUUGUGACCACUUUCCGAAUAUUAUUUUGAAAUUUGAAAUUCUACUCUGCCAUCUUGAGAGCUGUUAUUCUUUGUGUGUUGUCUCUCAAAAUUCCAUUUGGAUAAAUGAGGGAGGAAAUUUCUGGUAAUCGUUUUAUUCUUCUAUUAUUUCAUCUCAAACAAAACUUGAAAAUUUCUUAUCCUUCAAUGAGUGUCUUCUAUUGAUCUUAACACUGUUUUCUGCCCACGUGUCUCUCUCUACAGUUUUGGCUGAUGAUUCUUGCAUUCUAUCACUUUUCUUUGAUUUAAGCCGACGUCACUGGAAAUGAACUAGAACCAUAAUUUAGAAACGCACAAGAUGAUGGAUUGGUGUUUUAAAAGACUGGCAUUAAGUGGCCAAAUGAAUAGUUCUCUAUGAUGUUAAUAACUUUAGAGAAGAAUCUCUGGAAGCUUAAAGCAUUCAUUGUGUGUGAUUUUGUUGCAAGCUUUACAAGUUUAAGAACUGAUAUUACUAGACAAGUUAGUGUAUUCAAAAUGCUUCUAGUGAAAGGUGUUAAAUUCACUUUUCAAACCCACAAUAAGCUGCCAUGAGUAGAAAAUAAAAUAGUUUGUAUACUCUUUACGAGUUAUGUUCUUUGCUCAGACUUUUCAUCCACUAUAUUUGAGGUCUGCCAGAAUUUCAUAAUGAAAACUAUCCAUGAAUAAAACAAAAUUACUUAUUGAA